CUUUUCCACAACUCCUUCUUUUUCUCCUCCACCUAACACCCUUAAUUCAUUUGUUUUGACUCCUUCUUUUCCACGACUCUUCUUUUUCUCCUCCACCAUGUUCCCCCAUUAUCCACAACACCCUAAAUUUUAUGCAAUAAAUGGCCAUUACCAUGUUGUUUUAUGGUAUAUAUUAACAUCCUAUUUCAAUAUUAAACCACAUCAAUAUCUUUCUCUUAUUCACAUACAAUAACAUACAACAGGGAAGAAACACAACCAUGGCUCUGAAUGUUAGUAUGGAGGGCAGAAAUCAGUCGGAAUAUUUGAAGGAACUGUUCAUUGUUUUACAUGGUUUGACAUCUUCGCUUGAAGACGUCAUGGAAAUUCUUCAAGUUUUGUUGAAAAAGCUUGAAACUAAGUCGGCUAGGUCGGUUCCUAAAAGAAGGACUCCGCCCAAAUCUUCUUCUAAUGAAAAUGUCGAAGUUAUCCUGAUAACAUCGGAUGAAGAUGAAGAUGAAGAUGAUGAUGAUGAUGAUGAUGAUGAUGAUGAUGAUGAUGAGAGAGACAGGGUCAUUUUGGUGGACAAGGCCAAAAAACGUUGAUGACUCUUUUGGCUGUGCUUUUAUUCAAUCAUUUUUCUUAGAUUUUUUAUUUUCGUUUUACACCGCACUCUUUUCCUUUUAUUAUAAGGUUUUUAAUGAGGCGGUUCA